AUGUGCGCUGAAAACAGUAUUCGCUUUAUUAGUUUAGUGCCAAAUUCGACCCAUCUAUGUAAACCCCUUGAUGUGAGUUUUUUCCGCGCCAUGAAACAGGCCUGGCGGUCAGUAUUAGCUGAGUGGAAAAGUCAAAAUCCUCAGUUCGGCACGAUUUCCAAAGCCAGUUUUCCAACACUUCUAAGGAAAUGUCUAGAGCAAAUGGAUGUAGUUCCAUCAGAAGUUGUAAAUGAGGCAGCCAAUGAGACAAUUGCAAUCAAACGCAAAUUUGUGAGCGCUUUUCGAUCAGCAGGGGUUUUCCCAGUCGAUCGUCCUCAGAUAUUCAAACGAUUUCUUCAAGAGGACAAUGAAUCAGAAAAUGCAUCUGGGGACGCCGAGAGUGCUUUAGUCGCACUAUUGAAAGCAAAACGAUUCAAUGAUGCAACUUCAGAUAAACCAAGAAGAAAAAUGAGGCUCGAUGUUUUGCUAGGACGUAGUGUCACAACGUCCUCCGUUCCUCAACCUCAUUCUUCAGAAUCAUCAGUGCAUUCUCUCGCCUAUCUCCAGAGUUCUAGUUCAGUAGUGAAUAUGAAAGAGCCCUCAGAUUUUGAGACACCUGAAAGACUCAAGGAGGAAAAACUCGAAACCCGUGUUGAAGUGGGACAGUACAUUUCAGCUGAGUUUUUAUCAACAAAAGGGAAAAAACCUACAAAUAUGUGUGUAAAGUCAUAG